AAAUCUCAUUUAGGGUAAGUACAAGCUUACAGCUACUGCUAUAUAUAUUGCAUCCAUUCCUGAUUUUGAUAAUAUCCAUUCAUUAUUUCACUGUUAUUGGAGUUAAUUCAUAUAAUAAAAUGUUUACUAGCUUCAUGUCUGAUGCAGACAAAGCUAAACAUGAACAUGAAUUAAAAUACAUUUCAAAGUUCAUUAAUGAUUAUUUGGAAAGAUUACCAUAUGAAUUAAUUUUAAGAAUCAUUAACAAGGUAUAUGAAAUUCAUUUAGCUUGGUUUUUAACUUUACAUCACUUACCUAUAUUACGACAAUUUGUCAUAUCACAAUUCUUCAGUGAUGAAAUUUCUUUAUAUUAUCAACGAGGGUACUAUCCAAAGAACUAUAAAGAAUCCAUAGAAGAUGAUGAAGAUCAAGAAGCAAUAGAUGAUUUGAAUAGUAGUAGAGACUUUUAUUAUCAUGAUGGUAAACUAAAAUUAGGUAAGAGGAAAGGUAUGGAAUGCUUUUAUUAUACAUUAAAGGUUAAUCCUAUAAAACGAAAGAAACAAUUUCCUUUUAUCUAUAGAGAACUGAUAAAGGAUAUAAUAAAUCAGAAGGAUUUGAAAUUUAAAGUCAUUUAUUUAAAGUGUAAGGCUAGUGAGUUCUUUACAUUGGUUUGUGAAAAGAAUCCAGUGAUUAUGAAUAGUGAAAAGGUUAAUCUUACCAUAUUAUGUGCUCAUGGUCUUAAAAAGGGAGAUCCUAGAGUGAAAGUUGAAAAAUCACUAAACAAUUUCACUGUCAAGAUUCAAAAUUUACAACUUGGAUCUAUUAGUUUACAUAAUUUAGUGGAGGUGGAUAUAAUGCAUGCUGACAUAUAUGAUUGGAGCAGUUUAAGACUUGGUGAAAAUUUAAGAAAGAUGAGGAUUUCAGGUAUAAAAUAUUUAGGUGUUGGUUCUAUAAAGUUUCCCUGCAAUUUAAAAUCGUUAUCUAUAAUCGGUGCCCAUUUAAAUCCAUUUGGAAAACAAGAAGAAUGUAGUUUUCCAUCAUCGUUAACCCAUUUAAACUUGAAUAAAUGUCAAUUGGAUAACAAAUACAUACUAGGUGUAUUAUUAAAACGUUUACCAAAUUUACAAUAUUUGAAGAUUAGAAACAAUUAUCUGAAAAUAAUUGACUCUACAAGAAAAUAUUAUAUGAGGGGUCAUGAACCACCUGAGAUAACAAUACCUAUCGAGUGGUCUUGGCCUCAAGAUUUGAAAGUUAUAUUUUUUGAUACUGAUAUUAGAUCUGAAGAUAAAGAAACUAUCAAACAAGUCGUCAUAUGGCCACCUAAACUUGAAGAAUUGAAAUUCCAAAUUAUAGAUUUAAAAAUGACCCAAGGUUUACCUGAUACUUUAACUAAAUUAGUUUUGAGUUUUAAUUGUGCUGCUAAUAACGGAAUUCAAUUUAAACUACCGCCCCAUUUAACAAGAUUAAUUUUAAUAGGUUUCGACUUUGAGGAUAAUAUUACUGAAUUUCCAAAAUCUUUAAUCGAAUUACAACUUUGUCUGUGUAACAAUAUUAACUAUUUUAAAAUUAGGUUUCCUUGUUUGUUAAAAUUCUUAAGUAUUGACAGUUGUUAUUUUUUGUAUCCAGAGGAAUAUCAAUACUGGCAAGAUUUAGAAAAUUUAACGUAUUUAUCACUAUCCGACAAUGAAAUCGAAAUCAUUUCAAAUUGGAUUCCUCCUCCAAAUUUAAUUCACUUGUGUUUAACCAAUAAUGAUAUUGAUUAUAGAGAUUUAUUAAUCUUCGGUGAAAAUUUGUGUGAACGUGUUGCACAUUUGGUAGGAUUGUAUAUGGGUUUACCAAGAAUUCCUUCUAAUUUUAAACUUCCCAAAACUGUUGACAGACUGACCUUAUCAGCUAGUGAAACUAGUUUAGAAAGAGGCACUACCAUGUUUUAAGCAUAUAUUUGUUGUUUAAGUCGCUUGAUGCAAUUGUCUGUAUGUAACGUAAUUUCCAUUUUAUAAAAGAGCUAAUUCUGAUUUUUA